CGCACCAUGUGCAGCUAUACCCAAACUCUAAAAAAUCUACAUCCGUCCUUCUUGCGAAAGUAAAUUUUGCUGGCUGUUAUUUAUUUAUUUAUUUUUUAAUGAUGAAACAACAGCUUACAUAGGCCUACUCAAAAGGCUUCCAUUCCAUAUGGUAGUAGUAGAGUUUAUGGUUUGUGGAAGGAAGAUCAGCUGCAAGGUGAAGAACUGAAUAUCCUUAACAGAGUUAAGUCUACAUGGCCACAAUUCCAAUUUUUGACGGUACAAACUACAAGAUUUGGAGUGUGAAGAUGAAAACUCUGCUUUUAUCUAUGGAUUUGUGGGAUACGGUACAGAAUGGGUACAACCAUGAGGCCAACGGGGAGACCGACGAGGAGACCAAGAAGGAGAACCAAAAGAAGGAUGCUGCAGCUCUUUCUCACAUCCAGCAAGGCGUCUCAGACCGGAUCUUUCCAAUAAUCGAGGAUGCUACAACAGCCAAACAAGCUUGGCGCAAUCUCCUAUUCAGUACUGAGCGACUAUAUGGGCCUGAUUAUAGGAAUGUAAUGACACCCAAAGACCUGAGGCAAACAGGGGCAAACCAUUUGAUAGUGGCUACACUUGUAGCAACUGUGGCCUUUACUGCUGGUUUCACGAUGCCCGGCGGAUACAAUAGCAACGAUGGCCUAAACCAAGGCAUGGCGAUUCUAACAAGAGAAGCAGCUUUCAAAGCUUUUAUGGUAACAGAUACCAUAGCCAUGUCAUUAUCCAUUUCAGCAGUGCUCAUCCACUUCUAUGCGGCUAUUACUAACAAUCCGGAUAUGCUAGAGAACCAAGUUUAUACAGCUGCUUAUCUUAUUAUUUUUGCUGUGGUUGCAAUGGUGUUGGCAUUCGUUACGGGGACAUAUGCUGUCUUAGCACAUUCAUCUGGCCUUGCUGUUUCAGUUUGUGUUAUCGGCUGCCUUCCCCUAUUCUUUUUGUUGAUUACCCGCAUCAUCAAAAAUUGUACUGAUCUAUGCGCAAACAACUUCAUAGGAUCCGAUAUAGAAGCUAGACGUGGAAGGAGGGUUUAGUUCGAAAGGGCAAGGCACCCAAAUCUGUAUCAGUAGUGAUAUGAGUCUAUGCUUAUGGUUCUAUUGGCUUCUACGAAAUAAAGUUUCGUUUGGCAUUGACUACUAUAGUCAAUUUUUUUAUAUUGGGACUUUUUUAGCCUACAUUUUUUAACUUUGUUUGGAUUUUGUUUUUGGACUUUUUGACUUUUGUGAGAAAAAAAAAUGUAAUGAUUAUGGAUAAUAAGUAGUAUUUUGUCUUAUUAACUUUUGUAGUCAAUUUUGUCUUUCUACAA